CUAAGCUUGCUUGCAAAGCUAGAGAUGAUCUGCAAGAGGAAUGAUUCUAAACAAACCAUAAAUCCUCAAAUAACUAACAGAUUAACCACAUUUUAUGCUAUUAUCAUGUGUAUAUGUCAGUCUAAACAUUGAUGAAAAUUGUAGGCUAAUCUCAGUGUGAGGAAAGUCUUUAAUUACACAAUCAUUGCUGAUUGUUGCAGUGCCCAAACAAUUUUCUAUAAAAUCAUAUUGAAGUGGACUUCUGCUCACAACUCUGUCUCUGCGUGCUGUAACAUUACAGACAUCAACAUCUGAAUCAUCUGUGGGCAUUUAUGGCAGCAGUGUUUGCCAAAUGCAUGACUGACAUGCACUUUGUGUCUGUGAUUUACCACAGUACGUUGUUUCAUUUUAAUUUUGAUGCAUUUUUUUUGCAUUCAAUAUUUGAAGUUUUAAUUUGGGAGAAUGAGUAAAAAUCCCGCUCUAAGCCAACUUGAAACACACAUAACCAGACACAAAAAAGGUUUUAGAAGCUGAUGAGUGGUAAAGAAUUUGUUCUAAAUUUAGUUUGAGGUCUUCUCAUGCUGAGGCAUCAUUUACUAAAUGACCAGUAAUACAACAAUCAUGUAUCUGUUGAUGUCCAUGUAAGCUGAUGAAUAAAAACAUUUUAACUGCAGGUGACAAAGAUUUUCUGGAAGAAUCUGAAAAUGAACACAAAAAGAAAAAAAGAGAUUCCACGAGAGAGAAGAGGAGGAGAAGAAAUGGGAGGAGAAAACGAUCAUCAUCGGCUGCAGAAGGAGAAAAGGAGCUCAAAGAAAGAUCUGACUACAAAGACAGGGGUAGAAGAAAAAGUUUAAAGAAUGAAAACAGACCUAAAAGAAGUGAGAGGGAUGAGGGGAACUGGGGCCAAACGAUGCAUAAAACACCAAAGAAAAAGAAAAGCAUGAACACAAAAACAAGAAAGAUAAACAACAAUGAGGAGGAAGAAGCUAAAGAAAGAAUGAAAAAGAAGCAUGGACGUGCCAAAAGCGAUGAGAAGAAAGAAAAUAAAGACAAGGCAAAAGAAAAAACACAGGAACCGAAGAAAAAAAAGCACAAGAAGGUUGUCGAAUCGAGUUCAGAACAGGAAACAAGUGAGGAAGAAGAUGAUAAAGAGACCAAUGAUGAUGAUGAGGUGAGACCAGAGUGUUUGUCACCAGAGGAGCUGGAGAAGCUGAAGGAAGCUGUGGAAGAGAAGAAGAAACUGAUCCAAAGCCUGAAGGGGAAACCCUGGCCCAUGAAGAAGAAACUUGUCACGUUACGGGAGUCUCAGGAGUUUGUGGAGAAAUAUGAAGGAGCUUUAGGGAAGGGGAAAGGCAGGAAGCUCUACGCCUACAAGGUCAUGAUGACUAAGAAGUGGGUGAAGUUCCAAAGAGAUUUUGAAAACUUCAAAACAGCCUGCAUUCCAUGGGAGAUGAAGAUAAAAGAGAUCGAAAGCCAUUUUGGCUCCUCGGUUGCCUCCUACUUCAUCUUCCUGAGGUGGAUGUACGGCAUCAACAUGAUCUUGUUUGGACUGACCUUUGGACUGGUCAUGGUACCAGAGGCGUUAAUGGGACGGCCUUAUGGCAGCAUUCCUAGGAAGACAGUCCCCAGGGCUGAGGAGGCCAGUGCCAUGGACUUUGCUGUUUUAUGGGACUUCAAGGGUUACGCUCAGUAUUCAGUCCUCUUCUACGGUUUCUACAAUAACCAGCGUGCCGUUGGCUGGCUCAAGUUCCGCAUGCCUCUGUCCUACUUCCUCGUUGGUGUAGGAACAGUGGCCUACAGUUACAUGGUUGUUAUAAGAACAAUGGCCCGCAAUGCAAACGAGUCAGGGAUCGGAGAUGACAACAGCUUCAACUUCAGCUGGAAGAUGUUCACCAGCUGGGAUUACCUCAUAGGAAACCCUGAGACCGCAGACAAUAAGUUUGCCUCCAUCACCACCAGCUUCAAGGAAGCAAUCUUGGAGGAGCAAGAGAGUCGGAAAGAUGACAACAUUCAUCUUACUCGUUUCCUGCGCGUCUUGGCGAAUUUUCUGGUAUUGUGCUGUUUGGCAGGAAGUGGAUAUCUCAUUUACUUUGUUGUGCGCCGCUCUCAAAAGUUUACUCUGGAGGGUCUGGAGAAUCACACCUGGUGGGAAAGGAAUGAGGUAAACAUGGUCAUGUCCUUACUGGGAAUGUUCUGCCCCAUGCUGUUUGAUGUCAUCAGUACGCUGGAGAACUACCACCCCCGCGUUGCCCUGCAGUGGCAGUUGGGCCGCAUCUUUGCCCUUUUCUUAGGAAACCUCUACACCUUCAUCAUUGCUCUCAUGGAUGAGAUCAAUCUCAAAAGAAAAGAGGAGACGAUAGUAAAGUUCAAUAUAACAACGUGGGAAACCAGUCUUUACAACAGCAGUAUGUCAGGAAACGUCACAGCUCCUCCAGUCACCAUCCACCCAGCUGAUGUGCCCAGAGGUCCAUGCUGGGAGACAAUGGUGGGACAGGAGUUUGUCCGGCUGAUCAUAUCAGACACAAUGACUACUUACAUCACACUGCUGAUUGGUGAUUUCCUCAGAGCUGUGCUUGUCCGUUUUCUUAACUACUGCUGGUGUUGGGACCUUGAGGCUGGAUUUCCAUCUUACUCUGAGUUUGAUGUCAGUGGAAACGUUCUGGGUCUGAUCUUCAAUCAAGGAAUGAUAUGGAUGGGGUCCUUCUACGCCCCCUGCCUCCCAGCCCUAAACGUCCUGCGCCUCCAUGUAUCCAUGUACCUGCAGUGCUGGGCUGUGAUGUGCUGUAAUGUGCCGCAGGAAAGAGUCUUUAAAGCCUCGGGCUCUAACAAUUUCUACAUGGCCAUGCUGCUGGUCAUCCUCUUCUUGUCCACUCUGCCGGCCAUCUACACAAUCGUCACAAUCCCUCCUUCAUUUGAUUGUGGACCUUUCAGUGGGAAGAACCGUAUGUUUGAUGUGAUCCAGGAGACACUGGAGUCGGAUUUUCCUGCCUGGUUCAGUAAAGUGUUCAGCUAUGCCUCUAACCCUGGUCUAGUGCUUCCCUUCAUACUGCUCAUGGUAUUAGCAAUUUAUUAUCUACAGUCCACAUCCAAAAGCUACAAAGAAGCAAAUGUAGAACUGAAGAAAAAACUACAAAUGCAAAAUGAGGAAAACAAGAAGAAAAAUAAACGAGCUGCACUGAAAGCACAAAUGGAUCUGGAAGAGGCCAGAAAAGCAGCAACUCAGGCUGCAGAGCAUCGGAGGAACAACAACGCUUCAUUCCAAAGCCAGGAGGUAAAGGUUGAAGAAAACCAUGGAAGAAAUGACAGGAAUCACAAUGGGAGAUAUGGAUGUAGUUCUGCUGGAGGCAGUGCUAGCCAACCAUCAGUCAGAGGCCCCAUUUCCAGGUGCUACAGCAACCAUGGGAACUCUCAGUAUCUACCUGGCUUAUCUCAACAAACCAAUCCCAGGAUCUACAGAACACCGAGCCUGCAGAGUCACUGAGAAUGAAAACAGUCACAGCUAAACGUGUUCUGGAGAGAAUGAACCUUCACGUCUUAAAGUGAGAGAAUCUUAAAUGCUGAAAUUGGAAGAUAUUGCACACAUUAUGUCUCCUCAAAUGCAAAUAAACUAUUCAAAUUCUCACAUGGUGUCUUAUAUCAAAAUAAUAAAUGUAGCAUAUACAUAAUAUUUAAAUCUAACCUGAAAUGCAUGAAUAAUUCUUCUUUUUAUUGUUUAUUUUGUGCUUUCUCUCUCAUGCUUUCCAUAUUAUCUUCUGUGCAGAACAUUUAUUCAGAUGUCCAAGAGAGUUAUCUGCACAAUAUGAUCAGAAAAUGUUUUGUAUAUACAGUAAAUAUGACACAUUUGAAAGUAAAACAAAUGUAAUCAAGCUUUGAUUUAUUAUAUAAAACAGAGAAUUUGAAAACAUGUAAAAUGCUAAUAAAAAAUCUGAUAAAUCAACCAAAUCUGGUAUUUGACAUUUUGUUUUUAAACAGAUUAGCAUUGAACACAUUCAGUAUUUUUAACAUUUCACACCAGAAUUAAUUAUUUUCCACAGAUGGCCUUUGAGGCUGAGGUAAGCCGUCCCGAACUGUGACUGGGCCAGAGUAUUAAAUGAUCAUUAGACAUAGAGGCCAUUUAAACCAGCUUGGAAGACUUAAAUAGAUCCCUCACUCAUCUCCAACGCACUCAGAUUAGUUUUUCACCAAUAUGUGUGUGUAGUGAAGGUGGGGCGAAAUACAAAAUUAAAUUUUGAUUUUGCAAUAAUCUGCCUUGUGUAAACAUUUUCACUCAGGUAAAAAGUAUUGAGUUGAUAAUCAGGUGACAACAGCUAACAAGCUCAUAAUGCUGCUGCUGACAUGUAUUUGUCAGGGUCUGUGUCUGUGUCUUCCUUCAUGUGUCUCCUGAUGUUUCUCCAUCCCUCUCUAGAUUCCAUUCGUUGUCUCAUAGCGCCCUCAUGUGUCUUUUGUCUGCAUCUCAGU